UCAAUCGGCCCAGUAGAACAGAAGAUAUAGAACUGUCCCCCCCUUUUUUUUUCGCAGUGUACUUAAAGUUAUAAUUUGAAGCCCAGUGUGUACACCAUUCUCCAUGUGUGCCAAAAUAAGAGCUAACAAAUUUGUAUAUUUCGUGUAGCAAGGGGGAAUCCUAUUUGACUAUAUGAUGAUGCUGACAUUGAGCUACUGACUACCUGCCUUUUGUUGGAUUUUGCUUGAUUAGCUUAAAGCACCUUUUUUAUAGUUGUUCCUUUAAUUUUUGCUCCAGUAUAGCUUGGAAGCAUUAAAAAAAAAAGUAAAUGCCAUGAUUAUGCUUAUCUGCUGUUCUUGUUACCACUAUGCACAUACACACACUUUCAUCUCUCAAACUAAAGUAAAUUUGAAUAUUGAUUAACUCCAAAAUGAGCUGUAUAAAGUAUUCUUUGAAAUAUAAAUUGAUGGCAUGGAAUAUAAACUGGUGGUAUGCAUUUUGAUCUCCAUUGGACAUUUUUUGUAUUCUAUGUAUAAGUGUCUAAAUGUUGUAAUGAUAUCAUCUAAUGUAUUUUUUAGAUGUUGUCUUGUACUCCAAAGUAAGUUGCAAAAUUUUAUGAAAACUGCCUCUGUGCUUGAUGAGGAGGAUGUUGUAAUCAGAUAUAUGUAUAUGUAACAUUUUAUAUUAUCCCUCUCCGGUAAAAAUUGCACUUAGUAAAAUAUUCUUCAUCGUAAUUACUUAACAGCAAAAUAUGCCACUUUUUUUUUUUUUUUUUUUUUUUUUUUUUUUACUUAAAGCAUGCUAAAUAUUUUAUUCUUGGAGAUUUCUAUUCUGUGAUGGCCACCUGAUUAUUUUUAAUGGAAUUGUUUUCAUAGACAGUUUUUCUUAAGGUGUAUAUUUAUUUCAUACACAAUUUUCUCAAGAUAUUUUACCUAAAUUUAAGGAACUUUAUAAAAGGAAGUACAGAUCUAGAUGUAUCUAAAUUGCAGUGCAUUAAAAAAAUUGUAGAUAAAAGUUUUUAGAGCAGUUCUGUUUAAAGUUUAAAAAUUAUUACCAAGUCCCCUUUAAAAUAAGAUUCAUUGGAACUCGCACAUACGCCUACUCAAACACUCCUGACAUUCCUAAAUGUAAUAAGUAAGUAUAAUUUAGUAAGUUUUUUAUUACUAUUAUUUUAUUUUCUAAUUUAGAACGUACUUUAUAAUUAAGUUUUUAACUUCUAUUAUUUUCCUAUCUCAUUUUGAAAGUACUGUGUGUUUUAAGUUCUUAUAUUCUUAAAUUUUUAAGUCUCAAGUGCUUUUUGUCGCAACUGAAUUAUGGAGAAGAAAAUAUAAUAUUCUUAUAUGUUCAACAUUCAUCAUUAGUACAUGGUGAAUAUCAAUAUUUACCGGUGUAAAUCAGAAAUAAGAGUAUUUCGAAAAUAUUUUGGACAUAUACCAAGCAACUAUAUGGUUGUUGACAUUCACCGGUGAAAGUCGACAUUCUCCAGAUUUUGUUGUUUCACCAUAACAUGUGUAUUUGAUGUAUUUUAUAUUCUGUGAUACUAUGUACCAUAAGAGAAAAAUAUUUAAAGAAUAGAUUUUUAUGCUAUUAUACUAGUCAGCGUGAAUUGAUUACAAAUGCUUACUUCUAAAAAAAAAAAAAAAAACAGUUAUCUAAAUGAUAGUAUGUUGUUUUACUGUUAAUAAUUGGUUGUUGUAGUAAAAAAUAAAACUUAUUGAUUUUUGUCUUUGGCUGUUUUCUAGUGAAUUUUUCCAUAAAUAAUGGAAUGGGGGUAAUUAAAUCUGGAAAGGAAGAAAAUAUUGAUUUUUAAAAUACUUUUGCAUAUAGAAAGAUAUAUAGCUAUAUAUGUGGGUGUGUAUCUUAAUGGAAUUUUAAAUGUGAUACCAACAUAAGAGUCUAAUAAAAUAUUAAACAUAUGAUCAUUCUAAUAAAACGUUUCUUUUUAUUCUAACAUCUUACUCAUUUUAUUUGUUAUUGUUAUUGCUUUAUACAUCGCCAAGUAAAUAAAAAAUAUUAAUUUUAAAUGUAUGUAUUUUGUCAAUAUUUAAAAACUAAAUUGUUAUAGUUUAAUUUUCCAUCUCUUCUAUUUGCACAUUAUUGCCUAAGCUAUUAAACUGUUCUUUAUGUAAACUCUUAAUAGCAGAAAUCUUCAAUAUUUUUAAUUCCAGACAUUAAAUUUUUUUGCAGUACAAAAAACUUUAAAAAGUAAUCAUUUUAAUAAAUAAUUUAUACUAAUUUGUAAUUAUUUUUAUUUAUUCAUGGUAGUGCUGAAUGUAACUUUAAUAUAAAGUUAUUUAGGAUUACUAAUUGUUUAACACAGUAUUUGAACAGUGAAUUUUAAAACUAGUUGUUGUCUAAGAAGUUAUCUGUAGGAAUACUAUAUAAAGACUACAUGCACUUUUCCUAAAUACACAAUUGUUUGAACUGCGAGUUAUUCAUUUCAGUGAUUGAUUGAUAAUAUAAUAUGUUUCACGUGUAUAUAUAGUGUAAUAAAAUAAAGUCUAUAGAAAUGAUUAUUGUGUAUUUAUGAAAAAGUUAAAAUGAUCAAAUUUAUAAAAACUUAUCUGGGUUUUGAUCUGUUUGAAAGAUGUAUGUUGGCUUUUUAUUAUGUAUUUUGAAUACAAUGAAAACUGUCAUAUCUUUUGUUUUGUUAAAUUUAAGACCUGUUUUUAAAAUAGGUACUAAAUUAUUUGUCAUAACCAAAUGUGCAGACUAUUCCCUUUUAUGUUCUUUUUCUUCUUUAAAUAAAUAUGUUUCAGUUUUAAAUGUGUGCUUUUUUCCCAGCAUAUUUAAAAUUAAUAAUUUUGCAUAAAUAUUCUUUCUUUUGAUAGUUGUAUAAAUAAUUUUAUUACUUUUUAAAGAAAUGAUGCAUAUUUUAAAGCAUUACUGGAGAAUUCUUAAUCACACUGGGAUUAACAGUGUUUAAGUUUGUUUGAAAAUUAUGUGAUCUGCAUUAAAGAGGUGGGACUUUCAUAAUCUUUUUAGAAGUAACCAAGAUGUAGCUUUUGUAUUUAAUUUUUUGCUGCAACUAAAAUAUUUAUAGACUUGCAAAUUAUUUCAUAUUUUAGUGUACUAUUUCGUACAUUUUGUGAAAGUGCUUGCAUAUUGUUGGAAAAACAUUUCAGAAAAAUUCUAGACCGAUUUUUCUUUCAUUUUAUACAAAAUCCUAGAUAAACUGCUUAAAAUCUGUUUGUUUCAACAUUAGUUACCCUUCUUAAAGUAACAAUUAACAAGUGCAUUUUAUAAAUAAGCUAUAAAAUUCUAUAAAUAGCUAUUCAAAAAUAAUAUUAUACUUAAAAAAAUCAUUUCAACAUAAAAAACUAAGUGCGUUUCAAGAAUAGUAACUAAUUGAUAAUGAAUAAAUAUGUUCAACGUUCAAAUUUAAAAUCUUGAAUUGAGACAUGUAUCAGAAAAGGCAUUGCUACUAUAUCCUUUUUUAUAAAGCAUAAGGAAAAGACGAUCAUGUUAAAGUUGUUUUAAAAUAAAAACUUUGCUACCUUUUCAUUAAAUACAUAACUAUACUGCAUGCCUUUUACAGUUAUGUAUACAGUAUAUUGUUUAAUAAAUAUUUAGUGUUGGGGAAAGAUUUUAAAAAGAUAAAAUUAUUAAAAUUUUGGGGGGAAAUAGAGAUGAUGAACAAACUUGAAAUGAACGAAUAUGAGAAUAAAUCUAAAAUUUAUAUUCAUAUGGUCAACAUAUAGUAAAAUAAAAUUUCAACUGAUUUAAACAAUGCUUCACCUUUUAGUACCAGGUUAAAGAUAAAAUACUUUAAAUCUGCUUGUAAUAUCUUUGUGUGCCCCCCAUCUUACAUUGUUCCAAUAAAAAUGUCAUUUUUUUUUUUGUUCCAGUAAAAUAUUCUGACAAACAGACAUUAAUGGGGAAUUUCCUGGAACCAUGUGGAAACGUUAUUAAAAAUUAUCAUAAGUACAUCCUACAGAUGUUUUAAUAUCAAGUCUUUUUUAAAUUAGUAUGACUCUUAUGCAAUUCUGAUGAUGUAAAUGGAACUAUAAAUUUAAUGGCCAAUAAUUAUUUUACAGCAGUAUUAAUUAUCCAAUCAAAAUGCAUCGAGUACCAAAACUAACUUAGUUGAAUCGAGAUUUCUUCCUGAACAUAACACACUCGGUUUCAACUCUUUAGCCUAGCUGGACUGUUGUCUGCUACUCUUUUCUUAUUACAAAUCUAUCAAAAAUGUAGUCAUUUUUAAAUAGGCACAAAUAAUGUGCUAAGUUGUAUGUAGUUGCAACAUGUUUACUGGAAAUAAAAUUAGGAUUUAAUCUGCCUCAGAUGAUAUAUAUAUCCUUUAUAAAUUAUGCUAAAAAUGCUGUGGAUUUUCACUGGUAAUUACGUUUUUUCUUUUGUGAAUAUUUCAUCCAGUUCAUAUCUUACCUACCAAAAUAUCUUAUUAUUAUGUUUCAUUUUUUAAGCUUUAAAAAGUACUUUUUGAAGAACUGAUAUGUAGGAGAUGUAUUAUUUUAGCAGUACUUUUUAUUAAAUUAGCAUGCUUAAUAUUAUGAUUGUAAAAUGUGUUUUUAUGAUCUACAUUGGUUUUUCAUUGCAGGUUAUCCUUUGGCCCCGAAGAAAUCCUUUUUGUGCAGCUAUUGUCCAAAAUCUUUUAUUAGUAAGCAUACAUUAAAAAUGCACACCCGUAUUCACACAGGACAAAAUCUGCAGUCUUGUUCAUACUGUGGGAAAUCAUUUAUCAAAAAGUCUCAUUUGAUGGAUCAUCUUUGCUUGCAUACAGGUGAAAGAAGAUACAAAUGUGAUACAUGUGGAAAGGGGUUUAUUCAAAAAACAAAGCUACGUACUCACAUUUAUUCUGCACACAAAAUUAAAUUAUUCCAUAACUUCUAUUUUUUAGCUCUCAAAAUAAUGGCAUGGCGUUUCCCUUGUGAAGUUUGUGGCAAAAAUUUCAAUUACCAGUGUGAUUUAAGCAGACAUAUACUUAAGCAUACAGGCGAAAGGCCUUUCACUUGCAUUUUGUGUGGUAAAAAAUUUAAGAGAAGAUACAAUUUGAAUCUUCAUAUGAAUUGCCAUUCCAAAAAUGAAACUUUGAGUUGUAACUUCUGUGGGAAAAUAAUUUACCACCUGUUUGAUGCAAAAAGACAUGUUUCAUCAUGUACUGAAUUUUUAAAGGUUGCUACUUCUAAACAGAUUAUAUCAAUUAAUAAGCAAUUGGUAAAAGAUGAUAUCAGUUUUCUUUCAUUCUAAAAAAAGGACAAGUAGAGAAAUAGGUAAAAGUGAAAGGGCUACAAGGCCAUCUACCAUUAACCAUGUCUAAUAUCCCAACUCACAAACUGCUUGGAGAGUAUUCUGCUCAAAGUGCCGAAGAUACAACUGCACCAAAUAUCGGAUUGCAUCUGUUCUACCUCACAUUUGCCACUGCCAAGACUUCUCUCAUGUAUAUACAAGUGAUAGAGCAAACCCAUGUACAGCAUUUUCACCCUUAUUUAUAUUGAAAAGAGAAAGGUUUAAGCAGCUGAAAGAAUAAUACUAUUUAACUGUCACAAGAAACUGCAAGAGUCAUCUAUGCUUGAAAUCUCCAUUAAUUUAUACAGGGGCUUCAUGAGAUAGCAAAUCUUGAAAAUAGAGAUUACGCAUUAUUAUACAAUUAGAACUGUGUUGCUUUAAUUAAUCUGUUAAUAUAAUACCUUUCUAUAUACUUCCUUUUUAAAGUAGCCAGUGUAUUUUGUUGCCAAAGUUUUUCAAACUUGUCAACUUUGUAAUGCUGAAAUUUCAAAUGUCACUAAAAGCUGAUAUAGUGGCCACUUUAACUAGGAAGUACCCAUUUUUGUUCGUAUUAAUUAAUCCCUUAUGCUAAUAAUAAUUAUUGUGUUACAAAAUGAUCUUUGAUUCAGUAAUGCCAUUUAUAGAAUGUGCUGGGCAUCAAACAAUUUAUGCAGGAAUACUGACAGUAUUGUUUCUGAUUAAGAUAAAUGCACUUAUGUUAACAGCACAAUUAAUUCAAGGUGGCUGUGCAUGUUGUGUCAGAAAAUUUCACCAGUUUGAAAAUUAUUCAAGUACUGUAGUAAAUUUUUAACUAAUGGGGUAUAUUUCGUAAAAAUUAAAUUUUGUGAUUGGAUGAUAAUUUCAGUAUAGGCAGUGCCUAGAAGCUUAAUUCAAUUUGAUAACAAAUCUGAGCGUAUUUCAAAGAAUUUAAUAGUAGUAAAAAUCAUGAUGAUGUGAAAUGUUUUGUUGAAUUUACUGUGUUAAAUGUUUCUGAUGAUGAGUAAGUAUAAAACACUAUGUGCAGAGAAGACAAUUACAAUUUAUUACAGUAGAAGCAAUUUAAAAUUAUACUAACAGACUACUAAGACUAUUCAUAAAAGUCUGCAAUGCUAUUAUUAUAACUAAGCUGUUUUUAUUACUUGAAUUAUUUAGAAACAUAUUUAUGAACUUUUGAGUAAGUUUUCCCAAUUUAAUUGUUUAACUAAAAAAUAUAAAAUUUGUAACUGUCAUAAAGGAAAUUUAAUAAUUUUAUUUAACUACUAGUUAUAAGUAAGUUUAAAAAUUGCAUGAGGAAUGUCUGAAUUCUAACUUUGCACUAUACACGUCUUUCAGAAAGUGUUGCUCUGAAACGGCAGGAAAAAAUUAUGCAAUUUUUGGAAGAAUUUCUAAAAUCUCUCUUUUUUUUUUUUUUUUUUUUUUUUUUUUUUUUUUUUUUUUUUUGG